UGGCCUAGAUGCAUUCCCUCUUUGGAUGAGUAUCACACCGGUUCACUCAACCAAUCUACUCUUAUCAUCUAGUCGUCGAGGCCCACUCAACCAGAUCUUUAGAGAUCACCUCAAACCACCUAAUUCUAUAACAGUGCAAUAAGGGACAAAGACUUUUUAUAUCUGUUUUGAAGAGGGAGGGAGGGAUGGUAUCAUUCUACUCGACUAAAGUCCCCACCUUUGUCGAUCGGAUAAAUUCGGAGCACAACUUAAAACCGUGCCAUAUUUUGAUUUCGAUAUAGGAUUCCUCACCAUUCCCUUUGGCCCAAUCUCAAUGAAGUGAAAUGAAAGAGAAGACUCAGGUGUUCAUCUUGACUUGGGGAAGAUGAGCAGUGGAUUGCAGGCUUCAAGCUUCAUGAGAUUUACAUACUUCGAUGGAAUUGCAACAACAUGAUGGAACCCGAGAAAAAUGCGGUAGCAGGUCGAGGAUGGAGGAGGGAUUCCGCAAACACUAAUCAUUUGAGGAACACGAUGAUGAAGCAGGAAGAGGUCUUCAGGUUUCAGGUGCGCGAGCUUCAUCGCCUGUACAGAGUGCAGAGGACGCUAAUGGUCGAGACCAGGAGCAGCAACAAGGCAGCACUGCACCAACUCGACAUGAACUUGAAUUCAGGAACGUCGAAUUCCACGCUGAAUUUCGCAGACUGGAUCAGUUUGGCGGCCUCGGAAGCUUGCAAUACUUCAUCGGAAGACCAAAGUCUCUUCUCGUUCGGGAAACAGAUGAAGGAGAAGAUCGAGGCUCAGUGCCCGCAGCUAUCCUGGCCUGAGGCAGAGAGUGAUCUGCAAUUGACAUUGAGCAUAGCGUGUGGAACGCAUGAGAAGAGAUAAGACAGACAGGUUUCCGAGCACGUACACAAAUUGAUCUGCUGAAACAGAAAUGCCUUCGUUUUGUGUUUCUCGUUAAUUCGGGUACUCAAAUCUGACGGACCUAACCAGGUAGGUGGCCUUCCCUCUUAAUUGACGCAUCCAACAACCUACCUCUGUCGGCGAAAAUCUACGAUAAAGCAAUUCGUCCAACUGCCUACCUCUAUCGGCGAAAAUCCAUAACUAUGGCACGACUCUAAGAAUCUAUCAUCGUGCUCAGGAGCCACAGUAUAUAUAUCAAUCCAAUUAAUUUUUGAGAUGGGCGGCCCGGCUACUAGGCAAAUUUGGAAGAACAAAUUAUUUCUUACCUAGCAGCCAACCUUUUAGAUGUUUUCAUCCUAACCUGUAAUAUAUCGUGGCUAGAGUUUGAAUCAUGAGUACUUGAAAAAUUGUUUCAGCA